CUCUUAUCGGUGAUACGCCUUCCCGAUGAUUCGGCGCACCUGCAACACUAACUAUUAUAUCCUGGAGUGAUGCUUAACAGCUUCUCAUACCUCUGGUCGGCGAACCAGACUACAUGAAGAUGAAGGUGCUGCUGUUUGUCACUCUCUUAAGCGUAGGAAUAGCAAAUAUCAAUGCUGCUCGUCUAUUGUUCGGGGGUUCCGGUGGAUCUGCAAGUGGCUCAGAUGCUUCAGAGUCGGAAGAAACAGUGGAGACUGAAAGUGCCUCGGGAAGUACUGGAGGUGCAUCAGUUUCCGACGCAUCAGUGUUGAGCGGAAGUGUCUCUGGAAAUGCAGGAGGAACUUCAGGAUCUUACGUAUCAGAAUCGGGCGCUUCAGGAAGUGCAGGAGGUGGUUCAGGUGAAGAUUACGAUGGAUCAGGAGGUGGUCUAGGUGGAUUAGGCGGUGGUUCUGGUGGAUCAGGAGGUGGAUUACUCAGUGGGUUAGGCGGAGGCUCUAGUGGAUCUGGAGGUGGUAAAGGGGGCAGUUCCGGUGGAUCUGGAGGUGGCCUCGGUGGCAUGGGUGGAUUAGGUGGUUUAGAUGGUGGUUCAAGUGGAUCCGGAGGUGGUAUGGGUGGAUUACUCGGCGGAUUAGGCGGCGGCUCUGGUGGAUCCGGAGGUGGCUUAGGCGGAUUACUCAACGGCUUAGGCGGUGGUGGCCUUGGCGGCUUGGGUGGUUUAGGAAGCGGAUCCGGUGGACUUGGAGGUGACCUGAGUGGAUUACUCAGUGGUUUUGGCGGUGGUUCUGGUGGAUCCGGAGGUGGCCUCGGUGGCUUGGGUGGAUUAGGUGGCUUAGGCGGCGGCUCCAGUGGACCCGGAGGUGGCCUUGGUGGAUUAGGUGGUUUAGGAGGCGGUUCCAGUGGAUCAGGAGGUGGCUUAGGCGGAUUACUCAACGGUUUAGGCGGUGGUUCUGGUGGACCCGGAGGUGGUCUAGGCGGUUUGGGUGGAUUAGGCAGUUUAGUCGGCGGAUCCGGUGGACUAGGAGGAAACUUGGAUUUGUCUGCUUUAGGAAACUUAGAUUUGUCAAAAUUAGAUCUAUCUGAAUUAAGUAAUAUAGAUUUAUCCAACUUGGAUUUGUCUGCCUUAACUGGAGGUGGACUGGGUGGCUUGGGUGGCUUGGGUGGAUUAGGUGGAUUAGGCGCUGGUUCCAGUGGAUCUGGAGGUGGCCUCGGUGGUUUGGGCGGCCUAGGCGGCGGUUCCAGCGGAUCCGGAGGUGGAUUACUGAACGGUUUAGGCGGUGGAUCUGGAGGUGGCCUAGGCGGAUUAGGAGGAGGUGGCUUAGGUGGCUUAGGCGGUUUAGGAGGAGGUUCCAGUGGAUCAGGAGAUGGAAGUGGCCCUAGUUUGCCCGGAUUAAAUGGAGGAAACUUGGAUUUGUUUAAUUUAGAUUUGUCUGACCUAAGUAACAUUGAUUUAUCCGAAUUGGAUCUAUCUGAUUUAAGUAAUAUAGAUUUAUCCAACUUGGAUUUGUCAUCUUUAAGUGGAGUUGACUUAAGUGACUUGAGUGGAUUAGGUGGCAUAGGUGGGGAUUCCAGUGGAUCUGGAGGCCUCUUGUUUGGUGGUUCAGGUGGAUCUGGGGCUUCCGGUUCUGGUUCGGGAGAUUACAGCUACGGUGAUUCAGGAUCAGACGCUUCCUCAAUAAGUGGAGGUGAUUCAGGAAGUGGAGGAGAUGAUUCAGCAGGACUUGGUGACUCAGGUAUGGGUGGAAGUGGUCCAGGAAGUGGAGAAGAUGAUUCAGGAUCAGGAGCCUCGGGCAUGGGUGGUGGCGGCUCAGGAGGUCUCUUGUCUGGUGGCACAGGUGGAUCUGGGGCUUCCGGCUCUGGUUCGGGAGACUACAGCGACUAUGACUCAGAUUCAAGUGCCUCGGGCAUGGAUGGAGGCGGGCCAGGAAGUCGAGGAGGAAACUUGGAUUUGUCUAAUUUAGAUUUGUCUGACCUAAGUAACAUUGAUUUAUCCGAAUUGGAUCUAUCUGAUUUAAGUAAUAUAGAUUUAUCCAACUUGGAUUUGUCAUCUUUAAGUGGAGUUGACUUAAGUGACUUGAGUGGAUUAGGUGGCAUAGGUGGGGAUUCCAGUGGAUCUGGAGAUGGAGAAGGCGGGGAUGGAUCCGGGCACGAUUACAGUGAUUACAGCUCAGAUGGAGAAGGCGGGGAUGGAUCCGGGGACGAUUACAGUGAUUACAGCUCAGAUGGAGAAGGCGGGGAUGGAUCCGGGGACGAUUACAGUGAUUACAGCUCAGAUGGAGAAGGCGGGGAUGGAUCCGGGGACGAUUACAGUGAUUACAGCUCAGCUGCUUCGGGGCCUGGCGCCUCAGGGAUGGGUGGAGGCGGUCCAGGAAGUGGAGGGGGAAGCCUCUUGUUUGGUGGUUCAGGUGGAUCUGGGGCUUCCGGUUCUGGUUCGGGAGAUUACAGCUACGGCGAUUCAGGAUCAGACGCUUCCUCAAUAAGUGGAGGUGAUUCAGGAAGUGGAGGAGAUGAUUCAGCAGGACUUGGUGACUCAGGUAUGGGUGGAAGUGGUCCAGGAAGUGGAGAAGAUGAUUCAGGAUCAGGAGCCUCGGGCAUGGGUGGUGGCGGCUCAGGAGGUCUCUUGUCUGGUGGCUCAGGUGGAUCUGGGGCUUCCGGCUCUGGUUCGGGAGACUACAGCGACUAUGACUCAGAUUCAAGUGCCUCGGGCAUGGAUGGAGGCGGGCCAGGAAGUCGAGGAGAUGGAAGUGGCCCUAGUUUGCCCGGAUUAAAUGGAGGAAACUUGGAUUUGUCUAAUUUAGAUUUGUCUGACCUAAGUAACAUUGAUUUAUCCAAAUUGGAUCUAUCUGACUUAAGUAAUAUAGAUUUAUCCAACUUGGAUUUGUCAUCUUUAAGUGGAGUUGACUUAAGUGACUUGAGUGGAUUAGGUGGCAUAGGUGGGGAUUCCAGUGGAUCUGGAGAUGGAGAAGGCGGGGAUGGAUCCGGGGACGAUUACAGUGAUUACAGCUCAGGCCUCUUGUUUGAUGGUUCAGAUGGAUCUGGGGCUUCCGGUUCUGGUUCGGGAGACUACAGCUACGGUGAUUCAGGAUCAGACGCUUCCUCAAUAAGUGGAGGUGAUUCAGGAAGUGGAGGAGAUGAUUCAGGACUUGGUGACUCAGGUAUGGGUGGAAGUGGUCCAGGAAGUGGAGAAGAUGAUUCAGGAUCAGGAGCCUCGGGCAUGGGUGGUGGCGGCUCAGGAGGUCUCUUGUCUGGUGGCUCAGAUGGAUCUGGGGCUUCCGGCUCUGGUUCGGGAGACUACAGCGACUAUGACUCAGGAUCAAGUGCCUCGGGCAUGGAUGGAGGCGGGCCAGGAAGUGGAGGAGAUGGAAGUGGCCCUAGUUUGCCCGGAUUAAAUGGAGGAAACUUGGAUUUGUCUAAUUUAGAUUUGUCUGACCUAAGUAACAUUGAUUUAUCCAAAUUGGAUCUAUCUGACUUAAGUAAUAUAGAUUUAUCCAAAUUAGAUUUGUCAUCUUUAAGUGGAGUUGACUUAAGUAACUUGAGUGGAUUAGGUGGUUUAGGAGGAGGUUCCAGUGGAUCCGGAGGUGGCUUCGGUGGCAUAGGCGGUUUAGGAGGAGGUUCCAGUGGAUCAGGAGGUGGCUUGGGUGGAUUAGGUGGAGGUCCCGGAGGAUCUGGAGAUGGAAGUGGCCCUAGUUUGCCCGGAUUAAAUGGAGGAAACUUGGAUUUGUCUAAUUUAGAUUUGUCUGACCUAAGUAACAUUGAUUUAUCCAAAUUGGAUCUAUCUGACUUAAGUAAUAUAGAUUUAUCCAACUUAGAUUUGUCAUCUUUAAGUGGAAUUGACUUAAGUGACUUGAGUGGAUUAGGUGGCAUAGGUGGGGAUUCCAUUGGAUCUGGAGGUGGAGAAGCCGGGUAUGGAUCCAGAGACGAUUACAGUGACUACAGCUCAGAUGAUUCAGGAUCAGGAACCUCGGGCAUGGGUGGAGGCGGCUCAGGAGGUGGAGGAGGUCUCUUGUCUGGUGGCUCAGGUGGAUCUGGGGCUUCCGGCUCUGGUUCGGGAGACUACAGCGACUAUUACUCAGAUUCAAGUGCCUCGGGCAUGGAUGGAGGCGGUCCAGGAAGUGGAGGAGGUGCUUCGGGGCCUGGCGCCUCAGGGAUGGGUGGAAGCGGUUCAGGAAGUGGCGGCGGAGGAGGAGGAGGUCUCUUGUUUGGUGGUUCAGGUGGAUCUGGGGCUUCCGGUUCUGGUUCGGGAGACUACAGCUACAGUGCUUCCGGACCAGGCAUGGGUGGAAGUGGUUCAGGAAAUGGAAGAGGUGGUAAUGGUCCUGACGCUUCAGGCAUGGGUGGAGGCAGCUCAGGAAAUGGAGGAGGUGGUUCGGGACCUGGCGCCUCAGGCAUGGGUGGAAGUGGUUCAGGUAGUGGAGGAGGGGGAGGAGGUCUCUUGUUCGGUGGUUCAGGUGGAUCUGGGGAUUCCGGUUCGGGUUCAGGAGACUACAGCUACGAUGAUUCAGGAUCAGGAGUCUCGGGCAUGGGUGGAGGCGGCCAAGGAGGUGGAGGAGCUGCUGCGGGUUCUGACGCCUCAGCAAUGGGUGGAGGUGCUUCAGGAAGUGGAGGAGGUUCCGGAUCGGGUGCAAAUGCUUCAAGUACAACAGCAUCAGGAACUGACAGCGGAUCUGGUGGAUUUUUGCUUGGAAUACUCUAAACUAAGUAAUCUGAGGAUAUUGGAAUUCCACCAAAUCCAGUGUGCGUGUUUUAGACUUGCAGCAGCAUCUUUCAAAAUGCAUUUGAGACUGUUAAGAUUUACUUAUGAAUUUGAAAUAAAUAUUAUUAGCAUCA